AUGGCGUUCCUACAGGGUGUGAAGCUCGUGUUUGCAUUAUUGGCACUCGCCACCCCAUCCUGGGCAGUUGGUGUCGCGCCUGGUCAGAUCAAAAACUUUGUCACUUUUGGUGACUCCUACACCGAUUCCUCGUACUACCCCACCGCUGACGGAGGCUAUGCCUGGCCAACAUGGGCGGCGAUGUAUGGUGACCUUAAUCUCUAUGGAUUUGCUCGUUCCGGUUGCAACAUGCUCGAACCUGCUUACCUACAGACCCUACCCUCCGAUCAUGGUGACCGCCUAGGUUGGCAAAUCCCUGCUUACCUGAAUGAGACGAAUAAUGGCACGCUGGAAUUGAACCCGGACGAAACGAUAUACACCAUCUGGAUUGGAACCAAUGAUCUGGGUGCCAACGCGCUGAUUACCGGAAGCGAUGCCCCCACCACGUCAAUUGUUGAGGUCAGGCAAUGCGCCAUCGACGUCCUGAAGACCUUGUACGAGAGCGGUGCUAGGAACUUCAUCAUGCAGAAUAUCCUUCCCCUUGACCUGACAAUCUUAUACUCUAACUACUCGUACCCCAACACGUAUUGGAACAUGGAACGCAAUACAACUGGAUGGAACGUGUAUAUGACGGAGCUGGUGCGUGCAGGGAAUGAAAUCACAUCCCUGAUGCUCGACGCGCUUGUGCCCACGCUCCCUGAUGCUCAUAUUGCAUCUUUUGACUCCUACGGGCUUUUCACCGAUAUGUAUAACAACCCUGAGAACUACUUUAAUGGCACUGCGCCAUACAACGUAACGGGCUGCAUACAUUCAUGUGUGUACACCGUGGACAGCACAGCAGAACCGGCUUGUACAAUCACCAAUGGUACUGACGCAGACAGUUUCCUAUGGUACGACGAACUUCACCCAUCGCAGCAAUCCGAUAGAAUUGUGGCUAGGGAGAUAACCGCAGUGAUGCAAGGAGAGUACAACCAGUGGACGACAUGGUUGAGCUGA